AUGGGCAAGAAGAGAAAGGCGUCCUCCCGCAAUGCGGAGGCCAAGGGCCCCAAGGACCUGGAUGCCGCCGACGCCCGUCUCGGCCCAGUCACCACGUACGAAGAUGUCGCCGACUCCGAGGACGAAUACUUCAUCAACCAAGACAAAAUCAUGCUCGACGACGAGCCCGGUUCCAAACGGAGGAGAAAAGAUGACGAGGGCUUUGAGCUCUCAGACGAAGAGGUCCUAGGCUACGAAGACACCGAUUCGGAUGACGAUGCACGAGCCAAGAAGCCCUCGAAAAAGUCUGGCAAGAAAUCCGCCGCCGACGACUCGGACGAGGACGGCGAUGAAGACGAAGAGGGGGACGAGGGCUGGUGGGGCUCCUCCAAGAAGGAAUACUACGAUGCAGACAACAUCGAGACAGAGGCCGAUGCUUUGGAAGAAGAGGCCGAGGCGAAGCGACUGCAGCAAAAGAAGCUGUCCAAGAUGCGAGAAGAGGACUUUGUUUUUGACGGCGACGAGUGGCUGGCUGGAGAGCCAGAAGAGGAGGACAACGACGAACCAGUCAUUGAAGUCCUCAAGGAUAUCGAGGUCACCGACGAUAUGACGCCCGACGAGCGCUUGAGACUCCUUGCGACAAGAUACCCCGAGUUUGAACACCUCGUCAACGAGUUUGAGGCGCUCCAGCCGGUGCUGGCACAGCUCAAGGCCGAUGCGGUCGGCAAAUCCGCCAGAACCCUGGAAGCAAUCAAAUACUGGGUCCUGGGCUGCUAUGUCGCCGCCUUGGGUGGCUACUUUGCCGUUUUGACCUCUCCUGCGCGGGAUGGCGACAAGUCGCAAAAGGCCCUUGCGCCCACUGAGCUGCGGGAUCACGAUGUCAUGGAGACGCUGGUCGACUGCCGCAACGCAUGGGAGAGGGUCAAGAAUGCAAGGUCACUAAACGCGCCCAGCCACCUGCAGCCCGUCGAGAUGGACGUCGAUGACAUCGCCAUGGCCCUGCAAAACGUCGAGAAACCCAAGAAGAAGAAGUCUGCGAAUCUCGACAAGGCCAGCGCGGUCAAGAAAGCGGAGAAGCUGGCCCGGGCUAAGCAGAUCGAGGACACCGUCGCGGAUCUAUACGACCUGCCUGUCCCUUCGAGGAAAUCCAAGAAGUCCGCCAAGGCGGCUCAGGCGAACAAGGAAGACGACAACUCCGACUUUGGUGAGGAGGAUGCCCUGGAUGAGCGGACUGCCGCCGACAAGGCUGCCCGAAAGAAGAGCCUCAAGUUUUACACUUCUCAGAUUGCGCAAAAGGCCAACAAGCGGGCUGGUGCGGGCCGCGAUGCCGGAGGUGACAUGGAUCUUCCGUAUCGCGAGCGACUGCGCGAUCGCCAGGCUCGUCUUAUGGCUGCGGCAGAGAAGAGGGGCCAGAAGGGAUCUAAGCAUGGUGCAGACCUCGGCGACGACAGCGACGACGAUGACAAUCAAGUCGCAAACUCCAUGCGCGACAACGAAGAUGACUACUAUGACAUGGUCGCCAAUUCUUCCAAGGGCAAGCGGGAGGACAAGGCCGCUCGCUACGCAGCGUUUGCCGCGGCGAGCAAGGCCGACAGAGUCGUGGAGAAGGAGGAGGUCGGCGACGAUGGCAAGCGCAAGAUCACGUACGCCAUUGAGAAGAACAAGGGCCUGGCGCCCAAGAGGAGCAAGGAUGUCAGGAACCCGCGAGUGAAGCGGAGAAAGCAGUACGAGGCCAAGCAGAAGAAGCUGAGGAGCAUGAAGCCCACUUGGAAGGGAGGAGAGCCAAAGGGCGGAUACCAGGGCGAGCUGGCUGGUAUCAACACAGCAGUGGUCAAGAGCAUCAAGUUGUAG